UUGCUGGCCUCUUUUGUUAUUACAUUACUGGCAGGGCCAUUGCCACAACCAUGUGGUAAAAAAAUGUACCCUAAAAAGGUGCUGCGACGUAUACUGAAGGAGAAACGCUUUAUGAUCAUGGAAAACGCCAUGGCUGGGGCAGACGAAUCAGGCCCUAAGAUACCGCUACUAAGAAAAACACGCUCUGCCUCGCCCAUAAUGCAGGGGGCAUCCCCCUGUCAAUGGCAAUGGCGGUCUACAGACCGACCAAGUGAAAUUCCAAGGUUUUUAAGAGAGGCACAUUGUCCAAACUGCAAGCAUUACUGUACCGCCAUAAAGUACACAGUUAAAGUUUUGGUCCAAGAUAAGUGCGACCCAAAAAGCGGCUUACCAAUCUGGCGAUGGAAGGAACGUGAAAUAACAGUUGGGUACUUUUACAAAGGAAGCAGAUAA